AUGGCCUUCCAGAUUGCUAACCUGAGGCAUUCGAAUUCUAAAACCAACACAGUGGUCUUUGCAAUGUUCCAUGCAAAAGAUAGUUGGGCUAAUUUAAAGAACAAGUAAACACCUUGAAAGAUGCAACCUGGGCAUAAGUAAAAUAAAAAAUGUACCACACUUUUAGUUAGUCAGGAGAAUAGAGACUUGAAAUAGCAUAAUAUUAAUUAAAAUUUUUAUUUUUGUUUUGCCCAUUUCUAGAGGUAAAAAGAAAGUGGUUUUCCUGUUUGGUGACUAUGAGUUCCUAUGCAAGCUAUUUGGAAUAGUUGGUGCCUCAGGUAUGAUCUAGACAAUAAUUCACCUAUACAAAUAAUUAUGAUUUAGCAAUUCAAUAAAAGAAUAUAAAUGUAGCCUUUACUCUACAUAACUAUUUCUGUGAAACAGGUUUCCACCAUGAGAAUUGUAUUUGCAGGCAAAUAUCCAUGUCUUUGAUGCAAGAUAAAUCAUGAAGUAAUGCAAGUCUCUUGCCAUAAACGUGGGCAUGCUGAAAAACGAAGUCUUGAAAACAUUCAAGUGGAUUAUGAUAAGUUUGAAGCGGAUGGCUCUGUUACAAGUCAACAGAAGUUUUAUCGCAAUGUGAUUAACAAGAAACUGCUGGACAUUGAAUUGGACAAAGAUACAAGAGUUUAUUUUAUUGCUUUGAAGAGGGACUUACAGAACACCAAACUAAAUGGUUGUCUAUUUCAGGUCUGUGUUCCUGGACUUCACAUUAGCUUGGGUGUGUUUAAGAAACUGUUUGACAAACUAGAGAACCAGUGCUUUGAGCUGGACAAAAAAAUUCAAAUGGUGCUAGCAGGAGACAGUGAAGAGAAUGAUGAAAAAAUCCAGGCAUUCAGAGCUGCCCAACUACAUACCAGACAAGCACAACAAUUUAAUGAAAAAGCCAAUUAUUUACAGAAGUUGCUGAAUUAA